AUUUUGAAAAACGUCGACUUCUCUUAUUCCAUCACUUUCCUCCAAAUCCUGCAUAAGGGAAGCGUUUCAGGAGAAUUUUGAGACUGAACUUCCUGAGGGAAGCGGGGCGCUCAAGAUGAAGUUGUUAGUCAUCGCGACAGUGCUGGCGGUCGGGCUCGCAACUUCCUCGGCAAAUCUGCAGGAUGAGUCAGAGCCCGCCACCGCGACCGUCAAGUUCCUCGGCGGCUAUAUGACUCGGACUCGCUUCAGCACAUGGUGGUCCACGACGAUGAAGACCUGCAUCACGGAGCUGGGGCAGAACGCCAAGUGCCAAGGACGCAGGAAGAGGGAGGCCAAAGCCAUGAACGAGAACCUCAUGGCCGCUGACAGCAUGCGUGAGAUCCUCCUGGACUCUUCCCAUGACGAGAAGGGUGCCAAAGUCCCUGAGACGAACAACGAGGUCAAGCUGUUCACCGGGCUGGAGAGCUUCACCACCAUGACCACCACAGCCUACACCGAGAACACCGCCACCACCGUGUCCGUUUCCUUCCAUUGCAUUCCUCCUAACGGCAUCAACUACGAAUUCUGGCUCUUAGGUUCUGACUUAUUUGGUAGUACCACAACCCUCUCCGCCAGGGGGUUUCGACUUAAACUCCUAAUGGCCCCCCAGAAAGGAUUUUAUCCCUGGGCUCUAAGAAGGCCCCAUGGAUGUGGCAAUGAUCAGGGCCUCCAGACAGCUCUAAAAGCUGGGGUUUGA